CCUCUUCUCACUCUGCUUCGCCUACUCCACUGUACUCAGCUUCGGAGCCCAAUCAAGUUCCAUUAAUGGCGAGAGCCCACCUCCAGAGCUCUGCGGCUACCCCAUGUGCACGCUUUCAAUGCUCUCCCGCGCUCUGAACACUCUCAGUCAUCUUCCCUGCGAGAAAGGGCAUCAACUUGAUUGCUCACUAGAGAAAAGCACUCUCUCCUUUCAAACUUUAGUGAUUCCAGGGAGCAUUCAUAUGUUGAAACCUGAAGUUCAUCCAUGGCUAGAUUGCUUAGCUUCAUUGCACUUGUAUUAGCUUGUCUUCAUUUGGUGCCAAACAGCCAACAGCUACUAGUCUCUCAAUCCCAAGUCUUGCAGCAGCUGAGGAAGCAAUUGGAGAAUCCCAAACAGCUGGAUGUUUGGAAUGCUACCAAAGACCUUUGUUUUCCACCAUUUUCCUCAGCAUUAACAGUCUCUUGUGAAGGAGAGUCUGUAACUGAGCUAAAAAUAGUGGGUGAUAAGCUUGCCAAGCUUAGUAAGUUUGAUGGAUAUGCAGUUCAGGGUCAUACAUUAUCCGAGUCGUUCUCUGUUGAUUCUUUCAUCACAACUUUGUCAAGGUUGGCCAGUUUGAGAGUGGUUAUCUUGGUUUCUUUGGGGAUAUGGGGCCCUUUACCUGAUAAAAUUCAUAGGCUGGGAUCACUUGAAGUGCUUGAUCUUAGUUCCAAUUUUCUCUAUGGUUCGAUCCCUCCGAAGAUUUCUGCAAUGGUGAGACUUCAGACUUUGACACUGGAUGGGAACUUCUUCAAUGAAACUGUUCCUGAUUGGUUUGACAUGUUGCCAAACAUAACAGUUUUGAGCUUGCAGCGCAACGAACUGAAGGGAACCCUUCCGCAUUCAAUUGGCAGAGCUAACAGUCUCAGUGAUCUUGCUUUAUCAAAAAAUAAGAUUUCUGGUGAGAUACCUGAUUUGAGUGGCUUGACAAAGCUUGCUGUGUUGGAUUUGAGAGACAAUGAGUUGGAUUCUGGGCUACUGGAUAUCCCCAAAGGAUUGAUCACCAUCUUGCUUAGUAACAACUCUUUGAGUGGUGAAAUUCCAAAAGAGUUUGGCAAAUUAAGUUGGCUCCAGCAUCUUGAUUUGUCAUUCAAUGAUCUCGAGGGCACUCCUCCAUCAUCACUCUUUUCUUUGCCCAACAUAAGUUAUCUAAACCUCGCAUCUAACUCCUUCAGUGGAUCUUUCCCAAGCAGUUUAACUUGCGGCAGCCAACUUGGUUUUGUCGAUGUUUCUACUAAUAGACUGACAGGGCGGUUGCCAUCUUGCUUGAGUUCUAAUUCCAACAAGAGAGUCACUAAGUCCAACGGUAAUUGUUUGACCAUUGAUCCACAACAUCAACAUGAUAUUGCAUAUUGUCAAGAAUUUCACCCGAAAGGGAAAAAAUCCAAGAGCAAACAGUUAGGACUAUUGAUUGCUGUCGUCGGAGGUGCUGCUGUGUUGGUGUUGUUUCUUUUGCUUGUAUGUCUAAUUCUCUGCAGAAGGAAGCGCCAGAAAGCAGUAGCAGAGCAGCAUUUGUUACCAAAGCCGGUGCCAGAUAAUUCUCCCACUGGACUUUCGUCCGAGCUUCUCGCAAAUGCAAGGUACAUUUCUCAAGCUGUGAAGCUAGGAACACAAGCCGUCCCUACAUAUCGGGUUUUCUCAUUGGAAGAGCUAAAGGAAGCUACAAAAAAUUUUGACCGAUUGUCAUAUAUAGGCGAGGGUUCAAUGGGCAAGCUCUACAAGGGAAGACUGGAGAACGGAAGUUAUGUUGCGAUAAGAUGCCUGGCAUUAUUUAGGAGAUAUUCCAUUAGAAACCUAAAGCUUCGACUAGACUUACUCUCGAAGCUUCGGCAUCCACAUUUGGUUUGUCUCCUGGGCCACUGUAUUGAUGGUUCAUCUGAUGAUUCCAGUAUCAACAGAGUAUAUCUCAUUCACGAGUAUCUACCAAAUGGAAAUCUCCGAAGUCAUCUUUCUGAGCACAAUGUGGAGAAGGCUAUGAAAUGGUCAGAUAGAUUAGCGGUUCUAAUCGGUAUUGCGAAAGCUGUGCACUUUCUGCAUACUGGAGUAAUUCCCGGUUUCACCAGCAAUCACCUAAAAACGAAUAAUAUUUUGCUUGAUGAACAUUACGUAGCAAAACUAAGCGAUUACGGGUUGUCCAUAAUCACUGAAGAAAUUGACAAACAUGAGGCUCGGGCAGAAGCUCAAAAACAUGCUCAAAACAAAUACCCACCAAGUGAAACUGUAAAUUUGGAGGAUGAUGUCUAUACAUUUGGCUUAAUCAUACUUGAAAUGCUAGUUGGAACAGUGGUGUCAGAUAAGGAUGCUUCAUCUCUAAGUGCAUUGGCGAUGUCAUUGAAUAAUCAAGAUGAGCGAAAGUGGGCACUCGAUCCUUUCGUUUACUCUACAUCAUCACAAGAAUCUUUAUCUAUUGUGACCUCCAUGACAAGCAAAUGUUUGUCCCAAGAAUCAUCGGAGCGGCCUUCAUUAGAAGAUGUGCUCUGGAACCUACACUAUGCCGCACAGGUCCAGGCAACGGCCGAAGGUGAUCAGAGAUUCGAGAUGGCUUCACAGCCAUGAUUCACAAGCAUGUAGUUCAGCUGUCUCUUCAGGUUCAGUGUAACUAUCAUUUGUUUACUGCCUAGUAUUCAUUUGUUAAUUAAUGUUAAGUGUAACAUAAAUCCCAUCAAUUUCUGUUGUAACUGCAUCAAAUAAUCUGCAAAUUUGUUUCCAACAGCACACAUAUGUUGAACUUGCAACAGAGACAAAACAAUUUUUUA